GUGGGAUUCGAACCCACGCCCCCGAAGAGACUGGAGCCUUAAUCCAGCGCCUUAGACCGCUCGGCCACGCUACCUGGCAAGGAACAACCCUUCCUUCGGUCAGCAACUGGAUUUCUGCUGGAAUUUUAAUGGUGUGGUUUUGCCUUUCUUCCCUGAGGAGGACAUGUGUUACAUGUUGGCCAAUCAGAAGACCCCACAAUCCUGGAUUUAUGCAUGUGACAGAAACAAGGCCAAUGGUUCCUGUACUCUUAGGGGAUGCCAAUUUCCCCAAUAUCUGGAUCUCUCCAGUCCACCCCUUGAAGCACCAUUCUCUGAAGCAUAGACACCACAAAGACUGAACAAGGUCAAGAGACUCCACGCACAGUCCCCACAGGAAAGCAUGUGGACCCUGAUUGCCCUGCGGCCCCUUUCUCUCCUGCUGCUCCUGCUGCUGCAGCCACUGCAGUUGAAAAUCUUGAUUCAAUAUGCUCCAAUGUCGGAGGAAGAGGUAGAGCACUUUGAGGAUUAUUUGGAGGAGAUGUACAGCACGGGACCUACCCUACCACCCACUAAAGAUGUCUUCAAAAGUCGCACCAUUAUCUAUUCGAGAAGACCCUUAACUGAUUCCAACUACUGUACUGAUGAAAUAAAAACGAAAAAUGUCCACAACAGAUUCCGUUGUGUAAAAGAACAUUUCUUCCUCCAGACUUCAUUUGAGGAACUGCAAGACAUCUGUAACAAUCUGUUUGUGUCUUGUAAGAAUGGGGUGAAGAGAUGUCACAGGAGCAAGCGAUCAAUAAAAGGAGUGUACUGUAAUUUAACCAGAGGAGUGGUAAUGACAGACUGUGUCUAUGAAUCUUCUUAUAGGCAGGGAUACGUCCUUAUGACUUGUCGAUGGCAAGAUGAUAUUCAAGAAAUUAUCCCUGCUUACAUAAAUGAUAUUAUAGAGACAAGUGAUGUUAUCAAGGAGAAACCUGUCCUCCAGGGUUACUUCUGACUCUUCUAAAAGAGGAUUCUCUAAGAAGUCAAGAGUAGGAGGACACAACACUCUCCAUACAAAUCCUUACAGGUCACAAUUAAGAAUGGUAAUGUCAAUCCAAUUCAUUUUAAUCAUCCACUGUCUUCCCUUCUUCUCCUGACACCAUGCAAAGACAAUGUGGGCUAAGUUCAUAGACGGUGCUCUGAGAUGUGGUUUCAAACAGGUCACUUCAUUUAGCACAUUUUGGAUGUGUUUGUAGGGUGACUGCCUGCAGGGAAAGGGUGACCGGCUCCAAGAGGAACUGGAAAUAGUUGUCUGGAGUGUGCUUCUAAGUUGUAUUCAUGUACAUCUCUAGUUCAGUAGA